GAAAAAAACAAAAAAGGGAAAAUAAAUUAGAAAAAUAAAAAAUGCUUCCGAUGCGCCGCGUACUGGUUAAGCUGAAGCAAAAAACACCGCGGCAAGCCCAAUCAAUGCCAUUUUGAAGGAGCCUCUAGGUCCCAAUUAAUUUUAGGGUUUUAUCUCCCAAAAACCAAAUUCACUAAUGAAAUAAAAAGUUCAAAAAUCUCAUUCUGGGUGUUGCAAUUCUUCAUUGACACUCUCAUCUACAGCCGCAAAAACAUGAACUUGAAAAUAAAAAGUUGUCUAUUCAAUUUGCUAAAAUCAAACCCUCCUCCAUUUCAGCCCACCACCAAUCCCGCUCUUCACCAACACCAUCAAUGGCGAGGCAUAGCCAAGGUCCGAUUGAAAUGGGUCAGGAACCGAAGCCUUGACCACAUCAUAGACAUCGAGACCGAUCUCAAAGCCGCUUCUCUCCUCAAAGACGCAAUCAAGCGCUCACCCACCGGAUUUCUCACCGCUAAGUCCUUCGCCGAUUGGCAAAAACUGCUCGGCCUCACUGUCCCAGUUCUUCGAUUCGUUCGCAGGUACCCAACUCUGUUCCACGAAUUCCCACAUACCCGAUACGCCAAUUUGCCUUGUUUCAAAUUGACCGAGACUGCGCUCUUGUUGGAUUCUCAAGAACAGAGUAUACACCAAACCCAUGAGAAUGAUACCGUGGAAAGGCUUUGCAGAUUGCUAAUGAUGGCGAAAACCAGGACUUUACCUUUCCAAUCGUUGUAUCCGAUGAAAUGGGAUCUGGGUUUGCCUGAUAAUUUCGAGAAAACAUUGAUUCCCAAAUACCAGGAUCAUUUUCGACUCGUUAAGGCCUCUAAUGGGUCAGAUUGCUUGCGUCUGGCAAAGUGGAGAGAAGAAUUUGCUGUGUCUGCAUUGCAGAGGAGCAAUGAGAAUGCUGAAGUUGGGGAUGAGUAUAGGCAAUUCAAGAGGGGACAGACAACUUUAGCAUUUUCGAUGAGUUUUCCACGAGGUUAUGGAGCUCAAAAAAAGGUUAAGGCUUGGAUGGAGGAAUUUCAGAAACUACCAUAUAUCUCUCCCUAUGAGAAUUCAAGGCAUAUUGAUCCUCACAGUGAGCUUAUGGAGAAAAGAGUUGUUGGGGUUUUACAUGAGCUAUUGAGCUUGACUGUUCAUAAGAAAACCAAGAGAAACUACUUGAGAAGCGUGAGAGAGGAAUUGAAUCUUCCUCAUAAGUUUACAAGAAUUUUUACACGGUAUCCUGGGAUUUUUUACCUAUCGUUGAAGUGUAAAACUACAACUGUUGCUCUAAAAGAAGGAUACCAGAGAGGAAAACUGGUAAAUCCACAUCCACUUGCACGUCUUAGAGAAAAGUUUUACCAUGUUAUGAGGACAGGGCUUCUUUAUCGUGGUAAAGGUGUGAACUUUUUACCUCAGGAAGAUCUUUUGUUGAAGAGUGCAAGUGACGAAGAGGAAGAGGAAGAGGAAGAGGAAGAGGAAGAGACAGGGGAUGAAUGCUAUGAAGAAAUUUCGGAAGUGGAAGAGUCUGACUAAAAGAAUCAGAUCAAACAUCUGUCUAGAAAGUUUAAACCAGUGAUCAUUAGCUUCGAAGUUGAAGAAUUUCUAGGAAAAAGAUAAUGGAUUUAGAUUGCUCUCAUAUGUUAAGUUUGAGGGUGUAUAAUCAAUAUUGUACUGUUGAUCUUAAACUAAAAAGACUUUUACUGAUCAUUUUUGCUAAUUGGUCAUCCAAUUUAUGCAGCAAGAACGUGUAAGUACCAUAUGAUGAAGAUUGCGAAAUGUAUAGUUUUUUCUCAUAUCCAA